AUGGCGUGGUUCUACACCGAGAGGGGACCUCCAUGGAAGCGCGGGUGGACGCAGCAGACGCUGUCCUCCAUCUCCUUCCCUCCUCCACAGCUCAUCGCCGUCUUCGCCAUCGUCGUCCUCUUAUUGUCCAUGUCGUGGCACGUGGACUACAGGACGCAGGUGCGGCGCGCCGAGGCCGGAUUCCGGCUGCUGCUGCUCUUCCUCCCGGUGGCGCUCAUCUUCGUCGCCCGCUACAUUUUCUUGGACGGGAGGUUCGUGUUCCAGUUGCCAUGGCCGGGCCAGGAGGACAUGCGCCGUGCGCAGAGGUCGCCCUGGGGGGUAGCGGUGUUGGUGGGAUUGCUGCUGGUGAUGGCCUCUUAUCAGCCCUCGUUCCAUUCUCAGUGGCUCAGGCCAUGGAGGGUUGACUAGGCCACAAAGGCCAUGUUGGUUGGUGCUGUAGCCGCUGUGCUUGCCUUGGAGGAAGCCUACAUGAUUGUAGCAAUCUGUAAUAUCAUGAAGAAACAUAAAAGAAAAGCUUUAGGUAGACCACUGUCUAACUCCCUGUUUUAGGUAUCAAAUGUUGUACAUCUUGUGAAGGUCAGGAAGAGUAUAUUACAAUUCUGGAGUUUGUUUGUGCAAGCAUUUUAUAUGAAAGACUAGACAUGGAUGUAUAAGAUAGA